GUAGCGAAUGACAAUGGAAUCUGCAUAACACAAUAUUGCUGUCAGGAAAACAGUUGUGUAAUGCGGCUAGUUCGGUGAAGUCUUUGUCUAUAAUGAAGGCCUGUGAUUCCUGCUGUCCAGAAAAUUCUUUAAAGGCGCCCAUUAGAAGAUUCAUGUUUUCUUUGGACUCACUCCUUAAGAAUGCAAAAGAAACAAUUCUACCUCUUCCCAUUCCAUCAUGAAUCAUAAAUAAAAACAUUGGAUAAUCAGCAACAUUAACUUUAAAUGCGCGAUAAACUUAAAAAAUGGAGAGAAGAGAAUUAUCGCAACAGUGAACAAAUUGUGGAAGUUGGUGAAGAAUUAAUUCAGGAACAUGCAUCAAAGCUUGGAGAUGACAUUUGGAUUAUUUAUGAGCAAGUGAUGAUCGCUGCCCUGGACUGCAGUCGGGAUGACUUGGCUACGACAUGUCUUCAUGAGCUGAAGAAACAAUUUCAAGGUAGCCACAGAGUGAAGCGAUUAGCUGGCAUGCGUCUUGAAGCUUUGGAGAGGUAUGAUGAAGCCUUCCAACUGUACAAUAACAUAUUACAAGAUGAUUCGACAAAUACAGCUGCAAGGAAGCGUAAGAUUGCCAUUCUCAAAGCCCAAGGGAAAAGCACAGAGGCCAUCCGGGAGCUGAAUGAGUAUCUGGAGCAAUUCGUUGGAGACCAGGAAGCUUGGCAUGAACUAGCAGCGCUUUACAUCAACGAGCAUGAUUAUGCAAAAGCAGCAUUUUCCCUAGAGGAGCUUAUGAUGACCAAUCCGCACAAUCACUUGUACUGUGAGCAGUACGCAGAGGUUAAGUACACCCAGGGUGGAAUCGAGAACCUGGAACUGUCAAGAAAAUACUUCGCACAAGCACUCAAGCUAAACAACAGAAAUAUGAGAGCUUUGUUUGGCCUAUACAUGUCUGCAAGCCACAUUGCUGCUAGCCCUAAAGUGAGUGUUAAAGUGAAGAAAGACAAUGUGAAGUAUGCAGCCUGGGCGGCAAGCCAGAUCAAUAGAGCUUACCAGUUGGCAGGUCAUGGAACAAAGGAGACUAAGUGUUCUCUGAAAGCAGUGGAGGAGAUGUUGGAAUCCAUGCAGAUUAUGCCAUCUUAGACCUAGCCAGACCAUUGAUGAAUGACAGCUCAUCCUGCCACUUCACUGCAACACGGAAGAGCAUGAAUAUCUUGAAUACUUUUUUUCCCUCAAACAUUUUCAGGGUCACUAUUAUUGUAUAUACAUUUUGUUUUGAUUAAUUGAUCAGAGAUUGCCUUGAGAAUCUGACAAAUAAAAGCACACUUUACACUUCUCAUAUUUAUCAGAGCAAUAUUCUGGAUUCAUCGGUGCAUUUUUAAUUGUAAAUCGCUGGUCAUAAGGAAUUACUGUUCUUCUAAUAAGGUGUUUCACUCACACAGGUUCCCGUAAGAGAUUGUCAAACCCUUUAUUAUUUUCCUUUAAGGUGGGAGUAAAUAGCGAAGAUCAAGUAGUUUUAACAUAAUAAUCACAUUUCCUACCUGAAUUAUACACAGCUAACAAAUCUAACCUUGUUUACAUAGUAAUGGAAGAUUUAAUGAACUUAACAUUAUAAUGCGUUCUAGUAUAUAAACUUGUCAAAUGAAAGCUGCACAAUUGCAUUUUGUUGCCCCCCCCCCCAACACCAAAUAGAGGACUUCUUGAAAAAUUAAGUGUAGUCGACCUACCGGAAAUCAGCCGCAUUCACAGCAUUUAUAUUAAAAAUAAAUAAAUAAACACAUACUGUACAUAUUUUCACAACCAGUUUCAUACGCUAAUACACAUGAUUAAAACGCCGUCAUUCUUAUUAUUAAUCCUAUGUGUAACACUCCCCCACUCCACCUUCUCGUGUUUGAAUGGUUUGAGCCAGAAUCAGCUCAUCUCACUGUCCUAUUGCAGCCGAUUAAGAGUGAAUGAGACUGAGGUAUUGAAACAGAAAUGCAUUUCUUUGCAAAAAAAGGUGUGUAAGGCCACAGGUACCCUUUAUUUGUUUGUUGCAAUUGAG